AGAAGAAUAGUUUACAGCGAAAGCAAAAGGAUGCCCUCCUUAAUUAACAUAGAUGCACAUUUUAAAUCUACACAAAAGCAACACAAAGAAGUCAGGAAUAACACCCAAGACCCAACCCUGCUAAGCAACCACAGAAUCAGAUUCCAAAUCAAAAGGGGGAAGAUUCUCAUAUACCACUUCAUGAAUGAUAAAUCCCAUCGACGACGCCUUUUUAACAUCCCCUUUUCUGUUGUCCCCUACCUGCAGCUUCCAAUCUUGCCCUCCGGAAACGCCUCUUGCAGGCCUCAUGACAGAAAAGCCGUAUUGGUGCAUGGUUAUGAGGAUCAACAUUGACUGCAACGGUUGCUCCAAAAAAGUAAGAACAGCCCUGCAAAAUAUCCGAGGGUUGGAGAAACAUUUGAUAGAGAAGCAGCAGAGCAGGGUAUUUGUUUGUGGCAGAUUUACACCACAGGAGGUGGCCAUCAAAAUAAGGAAGAAAACUAAUCGCAGGGUGGAGAUACUAGACCUUCAACAAAUCAGCAACACCGGUGAAGUGGUCCAUGAGCAGAAAGCCUUGAUCAAUUCUUGGAAUCUUGAAUGCAACCAAACUGAAAUUGAAACUUUUGUAACAUGUGUGAAUGAGACAAUAUCUGUAAACAUCAUAAGUUCCUCACAUUAUAUAUAGGAUUGCCUCAAUGUGUAUGCUUUUUACAGAAUUGUCUUGCUUCAGCCUCUCCUUUUAGCUUGUAAGGUUUCACCAGAGUUUGAUAUUUACAAAAAUAUUUUUUUAGUAAUUAAACAAAAAUUUCUUUG